AUGGACGAGGAACGGGACCAAGCCCCAGGUUCAGCGCAGUACACGCGCGCAAUCAAGCAGAGUAUGCGACAAGCGAUAAUAAUUGCGUACGAUAAUUAUCCGGACGUCGUGCAUUCAGCACAAGUCUGCUUGGAAAGUUUCAUAAAGACUGAGCGAGUUCUCACGACGAAUCGAUAUCCGAGGGAACAUUACGUUCAGGAACAGCAUUGUCUGGUGGCGAUCGAUUACGCGGACCGUAUAGCUAAGAAAAGAUUCAAUUUCCUCGAUGCACGGGAGGAUCUCGGGAAUCUCGCUGUUUUAUACGAAGAGUUCGUGUCGCGUGAUCCUAGAGCAGCCGUCACGUCACUGCGUCUAUUCCGGGCAUUGGUGCAAAUUAUAUCGGAGCUUGCGUCCCUGAUCGAAAACCAAACAAGAGUUCAGAUAACGAAUUGGCAAUCUGUUCUGGAAUUCUACGCUAUUCCCGUGACGUCGAGCGUAAAGACGGAAGAUAUCGCGAACCUUCUUCCCCGUGUCUCUCAAAUCACAGAGAUUAAAGUAUUGGGUGCCGGAGGCUUCGGCGCUAUCUAUCAUGUUCGCGUUGGCAACAUCAACCUCUCUGGGAAACUGGUGCCGACUGCGAAAUUCAAAACAACGAAACAAGCUUGCGCUGAGAAAGUGGUUGGGAGCAUGGUCAACAGCCCCCUGCUCGUCCGGUACCACGCUUGCUAUCAGACAAGUCACGCCUACGUGACGCUCAUGGAAUACAUCAGAGGCGUGGACUUGCAGCGGAUCAUCCAGGGGAGGACGAAUUUUUUGAACGAUGAUGUCAACAAGAUCAUCUUAGCGCAGCUGGGAUUAGCUCUCCAGUAUCUUCACUACCGAGGCUUCAUCCACAGGGACAUAAAGCCGUCGAAUGUCAUGAUCCAUCCGACUUGCCGCGUCCAGCUCAUCGAUUUCGACACGUGCAAAAUAUGCGUUGGGAGGUUUCUGUCCGGAAACCAGAACAGUUUCAUUAGACGAACCUUCGUCGAGUUCAAUGACGGUGAAUCCGCUGGAACCCUCUAUUUCCUUCCGCCCGAAAUAUUGCGGAGAAAGCCCUAUGGCAGAGCGAUGGAUUGGUGGGCUCUGGGCGUGACGUCUUACCAGCUCUGCUCAGGGAAGCUGCCCUUUCGAGGCUACAACGAGAAAAUACUGAAGGAGCGAAUAAAAAAAGGACAUGUCAAGUACGUAUCAGGAGCUACCCUGCAUCAGGAGCUCACCAAGAAGUUGCUCGUGAAGUUCCCGACGCAACGUAUAACGUCGGCUCGCUUCGAGGAUUACAAGAACCAUGCUUGGUUCGGAUCUGUCGAUUGGCACCGGAUGGGAUGUAUCGAUCCAGCGCCUUUGAGCUGUUUCUUCAAUGCACACGACGGCACCUUUUCACCAAAAGCUGAUAUGGUUGCCCAUAAAGUCAAGGCCAAGAAACUCCUGAACUUUAGCCAAGUUUAUGAUUUACCAGCUCACGAGCAAGAGCCCUUAUUCACCCUUUUAUCGAGAGGUUUCGAGUAUAGUAUGCGCAAAUUACACUCGGGGGAAAUGGCCUCUGAGUCCGACAUGACCGAGCCGUUCGAGUCCGCUGACACCAACGUGAAGUUUUCCAAGUACAAGUUCAACAGUUACCUGAUUGGCAAGAACAAGAGCAAGAUCAAACAGGAGUCGAUAUCUGAUACUUUGAACAACGACGCCUUUGAGCAAGAGGUCAUCACGGAACAACAAUGCUCUCUGGAUGAAGAGAGCGUGAAGGAGGCUGAGCAAGCUGCGCCCAUCGCCGCAUCGACGGACGAGGACGAUCUACCGCAAGCAACUCUCCAUCAAGCUGCGCAAUUAGCUAACACGAAGGCGGAUUAG